GUCUUCAAAACGUUAACAGAAGUGGUUAGAAACGCUUACUAAAAAAUAAUCAUUAAAUAAUUGAUACUUUAUUUUUAAGAAAAUAAAAGUAUGCGUGCUUUUCUGGUAUUUGUAACAUUAUUUACUUUAGCACAAGCUAAUAAUCUUGGAUACAACUACGAUAGUCAAAAUAUUAACUCCGGUACUAACCACUCACCUUUCCCAAAUGUUGUGUUACAAAAAGAAUUUUACACAUAUUCGGCACCCGACAACGUAUUCGAUGAUGUUCCAAACAUAGGGGAGCUGACAAAAACACGUAAAAUGAAUUUACGUGUUAUUUUCAUACGAGCUCCUGAAAAUAAUGGUCUUGCAAAUGCGAUCACCAAUUUAGUUAGAAGUAGAGUUGAAAGUAAAACUGCCAUUUAUGUUCUUACGAAACAAACAGAUAUUGGCAGCUUAACUCAGCAAUUGCAAAAUCUUAACACUCAAAAUCCCAAUAAACCUGAAGUACGUUUUGUAAAAUAUCGCACCGAAGAAGAAGCCGUCAAUGCUCAACGAAUUAUACAGCAACAAUAUGAAACUUUGGGUGGUAAGACUCAAGUUCACAAUGGCGGUGUAGCACCAGUUCUUAACUUUGCUAGUAAGAAACCGCUACAUCAACCAGUGUCUUAUACAAGUCAUCCCGUCAGUCAUUCCUAUAUACCACCCAAUGUCUAGCAUUGUAAAUACUUAUAAGAAAAAAAUUGUAAAUUAUGAAUAAUUAUAA